CAUCACUGAAGCCGGGGGGGAGGAAUGCAAUCCAGCGCCUUGUCCUUGCGCCUCACAUUUUUCUUUUCUAGUUUCUUCCUUUUCUUUUGUUAUUUCAUCUCUGGAUACCUCUAAAUUUCUUUGACGGAUUCUUGAUUCUUUGAGUUUCUCUGCCUCUGUCUACUUUUCCAAUCUCUGUAAACGCAUUCCGAUCGGUCUCUUUUCUUUUUUCUAUUGUUGCUUCAUCGUUUUAACUCUCUGUGUAGUAGAUAGAUUUUACAUGCAGAGGGAGGAAAGCGAUUGAAGAUAAGGUGCAAUGAUGGUUUAUAUCUCGUUAAUCUGAAGUUCCAAUGAGGACUCUAUACUUCUUCCAUUCUUAAUAAGAUUCUGAGCACCUUUUUAAUUCUUUUUUUUUUCUCUUUUAACUUUUUCCAGUUUCAGAUAUUUGUAACUUUUCUUACGAUUGAUUCAGAUAUCUGUUUCUAGAAUCCUGAAAUUAGGAGGUUGCCGAUUCUAUGGACGUUUUCAUAUAAGAUUCCUUUGGGGAAUUUAUUCCUCCUUUGUUUGAUUAGAAACGAAAUAAUAACCUGCUUUUCCUCUGAUCUAUUUGUUUUGAACAAUAUUGCUGCGGAUGUAAAAGUUCUUUUUAUUUAUUAUUUAUACUAUAGAUAUAGCUUGAGGGAUAGGUAAGAAUCUUAUAGCACAGAGGCAAUGUUCCAUACUUGUGCACACAGGGAUAGGUAAGAAUCUUAUAGCACACAGAGGCAAUCUUAUAGCACACAGGGAUAGGUAAAAGAGGUUGGAUUGGGAGGGGUGGCCUAGCCUGUAUUCUUUUCUGUUUGCCAUGUGAGAAAAGGGUUUAUGUGAAUCGAUUUAUGGGAAGGGAGUUAAGAAGCAUUAGUGAUUGCUUUGCAAGUUAGUAUUUGGGGGUCGGUCUCCUAUCUGGAGUCUUGAACUGCUCAGAGACGAGAUGAAGUUAAGAAUCCAAACAAAGCUAAUUCUUUUCCUUAUCAUUCAAGAAAAGAACCAAUCUCCUUACAGUAUACAACAUUUAAAACAUGCAAUCAAGAAAUUCUCCUUCACAGUGCCUGUACGAGUCUUCAUCAACCUCCCCGUCCAUUCUUUGGAAAGUUUCCCUACCUCCCUUUAUUCUUCCUACCCUAAUGCUCUCAAGAGGGUCAAUAUUGCAAUGGGUUGCUCGGGCUCUGAAAUCCCAUGUGCCGGAUGCAUCAAUUAGAACAAGCCCUCUUUCCCGAUUGGAGUUAUGUGCCAUUUCUCCCACUAUACAUCAUAAAGGGCUCGACAAUACAACCGUGGCGGAUGUUCUCAUGACAAAAGGAGAACGAAAGGACUCUCUCCACUGGUGUCGCACAAAUGAUACUGUUUAUGAUGCCGUAUUACAAAUGGCAGAAAACAAUGUUGGAUCCUUGGUUGUUUUGAAGCCAGGGGAACAACAAAUCCUAUCUGGGAUUAUUACGGAAAGAGAUUAUCUAAGGAAGAUAAUCGCACAGGGAAGAUCCUCCAAAUUAACAAGAGUUGGGGAAAUCAUGACUGAUGAGAGUAAAUUGAUUACAGUGAGCUCUGGAACAAACAUUCUCAAAGCGAUGCAGAUCAUGACAGAGAAUCGGAUAAGGCAUGUGCCUGUGAUAGAUGGGAAGGUAGUGGGUAUGAUUUCCAUUGUAGAUGUUGUUGGACAAGUGGUGGAGCAGCAAAAUGCGGAGAUGAAGCACCUCGCCGAUUUCAUCAAAGGAGAUUACUUUUAGAAAUUUGUUAUAAUAUGAAUAUCCCCAUCAAAGCUGAACUAUCCUUGUCAAGAGACAAUUCAUUUGAAUGGGAAGUUGGGAACCUUGUUUGAAAAGAUGAUUUCAUGUAUCAAUAUCCUGUCUAUAAGGUUUUAAGG